ACAGUAAGAUAACAAUUAAAUUUAUAUACCUCUGGCAUUCGCAAUUCAAGACGGUGUUAACUGUACUAUUGUUACAAAUUGUUAAUUGUUACAAAGUACUGCAAUUUUAAUAAACACAUAAUUUUAAUCUAUACAGAGGUUUUGAAUGAAAAUUAGUAUGGCGUUUCGACAUAUCUUAUUAAAUGUCGGAUUAAUAUUAAUACUAAUAAUUAUACUAUUUACCGCAAAAUUGACGAAAAAUGAGACUGAACUGAAUUACAAUGUAUUUAAUGACACUUAUUUGAAAGCAUUGCAUUAUAAUGUAAAAAUAAAAUUUGACGUAUACAGAAAUGUCUUUUUUGGGAAAUGCAAUAUUAUCAUUCAGAUUAAUCGUCCAACAACAAAAAUAACUAUGAUGAAUUCAAAGAUUUUCAGUAUAGCAAAAAUUGACUUGGUUGACAACAAUGAUAAUCAAACAAUCAACAUCCAGACAUUUUCACUUAUCAAUAAAAAGUACAUUCAUCUUGAGUUUCCCCAGUCAUCAGUAGAUUUUAUAUUUCCUGGUACAUAUAUCUUAAAACUGAUAUAUGUCAGUAGCAUAUUAGAUAACAAAGACAUUUUCGAAUCUUUUCAGAUAGUCACAGAAAAAGACAAAAUAUUAAACAAAGUAAUAAGAGCAGGAGAACUAUUUCCAUAUUUGGACGAGCCAGUAUUCAAAUCAACCUUUAAAAUUUCUAUUUGGCACCAUGAAAACUACACAUUUUUAUCAUCUAUGCCGAUACAAAAACAAGUUGAAGAUAUAGAUAACAUGCUGUGGACUCAUUUUGACACAUCACCUCCAAUGUCUGUUCAAUCUUUAACAAUCGUAAUGACAACAUUCAAUUAUAGCGCAAUUUACUUAACUUCUAUUGCAAAUGUAAAAUUUUGGUGUAGAAAAGAGACUAUAGAAGAAAUGCGAUAUGCAAAAACCAUUCUCCAAAGAGUCGUGCAGUAUUUGGCGCAAAAAAAUACAAGAAAAGUAUUAAAAAUAGAUUACAUUGUAACUAAGGACUUUCAACACAGUAACAUAAGGACACGAGGCCUCGUUCUGUUAAGGGAAGAAGAUAUUAUUUAUAAUAAUACCUUAGAUGACAUUGCCCGCAAAAUAAAAGUGGCGAACUUAGUAGCACGUGAAACGAUAUCUCAGUGGUACGAUGAUGUGUUUCUGUGGUCCAAAGAAGGAUUUAUUACAUUUCUUGCAGCGCAUAUUUUGAAUCAGACUCGGUUAUAUGAUCGCAUGAUGGACUUAUUUGUUGUUCAAACACAACAGGAAUCUUUACGUUUCGAUAUGCUUCCUACAGAUUCUCUGCCACUUAGAACAUCCUUUUAUUAUAUCAAAUCAUCCAUUAUAUGGCGCAUGUUAUAUCAUCUAAUACGUGUUAUAUCAUCUGAUAAUGUGUUCUGGACUGGUAUCCAUACAUAUAUAGACAUACAAUAUAAUCAGUCGAAUACGAUACAGAUCGAUCAAUUGUGGAAUGUUAUACAAAUUAUUUUGAAUAAUCGCAACCUACGCCGUGUAAACAUAACAGAUAUAAUGAAUAUUUGGAUAAAGGAAAAAAGAUAUCCUCAACUGCUGGUGAAUAGAAUUUAUGUGCAUAAUAAGACAGUAUACCGAGAGUACAUCAAUUCUAAAUUCAACAAAAACGCGAGACAUUUCGUAUUAGUGACAUGUAAAACAAAAUCAAAUGACUAUAAUUACUUUUGGCUUUAUCAACAAAAAUCGCGAAUUACAAAGAAGAAGAAUGACAAAAAUGAUUGGAUUAUAGUCAAUUUAAAACAAGCUGGGUACUACCGCGUCAAUUAUGAUUUUGAUAACUGGCAAAAACUUGCGAUCCAUUUGUACUAUGUAAAUUACACCGAUAUUCAUGUUCUGAAUCGAGCCCAAAUCAUUGAUGACGCGUUUUACUUUCUGACGCAAAAACAACUCAAUUUCACCAUGUUUUGGGAUAUUACAAGAUUUCUACAUAAAGACACAGACUAUGUAGCAUGGUAUCCUAUGAUUAAAGCUGUUGAAUACAUGACGUGUGUCUGGGCAGUUCAAGAUACUUCAACUAUAAAGAACAACAUCAGAGAAAUAUUCGAUAAACUUCUGCUAAAUAUAGGAUACAAUGACAAGCUUGAUGAAAGUGAUUUUACUAAAUGUUUAAGAGAAGAAGCGGUAAAAUGGGCAUGUGUUCUCGGUAGUUAUAAAUGUAGACAAACAGCCGCCUUUCAAUUAGAAAAACAUUUUGAAAGUUCUGCACAAGACAAAUUUUUCAAAUGGAGAGAAUGGAUAUACUGUAAAGGUUUAAUGACAGCAAGCUACACUAUUUGGACUAAAAUACUGCUGCGGCAUACAUCAAAUAUAACAUACGACAAUAUAUAUUUAGAAUACUUAACUUGCUAUACAAAUCCUCAUCUUAUUCAAAGUUAUUUAACAGCAAUACUAAAUGGAUUUUAUUCCAGGGUGGCAAACAAUCAAACGAUUGCUAAUAUUGUUCUCCUUAUUGUUGCGAAACAUUCAAACAAUGAUGCAGUGCUCAAUUAUAUAUUAAACAGUUUUGAAUUGUUCCAAUUCAACAUAAAAAAGCCAAUUGACCAAAUUGCCAUAUUAAUUGUUAUUAUAACGCACGAACAUGACGUAAAACAAUUAACAAAGAUAAAUGAAUUCGUUAAAAAUAAUAUAACGAUGAGUGAGAAGCAACUAAUUAAUGCAGUUAAACUAAAGAUAAAGAAACGAAAAUUGGAAUACAAAAGAUCAAGAAACUACGGGCGCCUAUCAGCGCCUACCGUAUGAGAAACAAAUAUGCAAACAAUUGAAUCCAUGGAAGAGAAUAAUUUUAAUUGCUGCUCAAAUGCAUUCAUAUAUUAAUCAUUUUUGUA